AACUUCCCACGUUUUGAUUUGUCUCGCUAUCCUACAGAGAAACAAAAUGCCUCAACCGUUCGAGCUCGUCUUACCACGUCCCAACACAUCAACUCCCUCUACCCCUAAACCCCCAAUCCGAGCACCAACAGAAUCAUCCUUCACCGCAGUCUUUGGCAAGCUUCUCCCUCCAGCCCAAUACAUCCACCUCCCACAUGGAGCAGCCGCCUACUACUCCUUUCCACCAAGAUCGCCAUCAGCGCCAUCGGAACAACCCUCCUCCAUUCCCGCCCAUCCUAGCCGCGUCCUCCUCCUUCACGGCGUGCAAACCCCAGCACUAGGCCUCCUCCCACUGACCCGCACUUUACAAUCGGCAUUCCCGUCAACGCACUUUGUGCUCCUCGAACUCUGGGGACAUGGUCUGAGCGACACGCCGCAAGCACCCCACGUGCCGAGUCUCUUUCACGGCCUCGUCGACGCACUGCUCGCCCAGUUGGAUUGGCACGCAGCGCACUUGAUUGGGUACUCUUUCGGUGGCGCUCUGACGGCGAGUUACGCCGCGACGCGUCCUGAGAAGGUUCUGUCGUUUACGCUCGUUGCACCAGCUGGACUUAUCCAGUCCGCUACCACUUUCAGUGCCGACGAAAUGGUGCAUCUGCGAGGUGGUGGUGACGAGGUGGCGGCGGGGAAAUGGGUCGUUGGGUGGUUGGAGGGCGAGGGGGGGUUGGUGGUCCCGGAGGGUUGGGAAGAUCGCGUUGCGAGCGGUGAGGUGGUUCCCGAGGCGCUGCGGGAGUGGCAGAUGCGUGAGCAUCAAGGGCAUGCCGCUUCUGUCGUUGGUAUUUUCCGCGACGGCGAGGUCAUGGAUGGGGAUGAGGUAUUUGGGAAGGCGGCGAGGACGCAGAUCCCGUCCUUGGUGGUGUUGGGUGAGUUGGAUAGUGUGUGUAGCGAGGAGCAACUGAGGAGUCUUGAGUUUGCAGAUGUUUUUGUGGUGAAAGGGGCUGGUCACGGUGUGAUAAGGGACAAGGAGGUAGAAGUGGAACAAGUCAAGGGGUACAUAGAGCGGUUCUGGAAAGGCAUUGUUUGA